AUGACCGCUGCCCGCUGCCCUGAGUGUCCGGGGCGGUGGCCGGAGUGGCCGGAGUGGCCGGAGAGUGACCGCUGCCCGCUGCCCGCGGAGUGUCUGGAGUCCAUCGAGCAGAGCCUCGAGAUCGAGCAGGAGGAGGGGCUGAACCGCUCCUCGGCCGACCUGCGCAUCCGCAAGACACAGCACUCGACGCUCUCCCGGAAGUUCGUCGAGGUGAUGACCGAGUACAACGCCACCCAGUCCAAGUACCGCGACCGCUGCAAGGACCGGAUCCAGCGCCAGCUCGAGAUCAGUGCGGGCGGUCAAGGGGUCACUCCGGGGUGUGACCCCCAGGUGCACCCAGGUGCCCCCAGGUGCGCCCAGGUGCGAGCCCAGGUGUGCCCGCAGAUCAAGAUGGACUCUCAGAUGACGAAGCAGGCGCUGAACGAGAUCGAGACGCGGCACAACGAGAUCAUCAAACUGGAGACGAGCAUCAGGGAGCUGCACGACAUGUUCGUGGACAUGGCCAUGCUGGUGGAGAGCCAGGUAGGCACACCUGGGACAGGUAACCACACCUGGGACAGGUAACCACAGCUGGGACAGGUGGGACAGGUGGGACAGGUG